AUGGCCGAGGACUACGAUUCCGAUGCGGAGAGGGUUGGUGGCGUGGUAUCAAGCAUCACGAAUGGCUCCGCAACUACAGAAGCAGCGAGUACAGAGGGAAGUUCUCUUGUCGAGGACCUGCUCGCGAGAUGCCAAAGCCUCGUCAACGAGCUUGAGGACUUCAAAAAAUUCGUGGCCGAGCAAAGAUUAGAGCAAGAACCUGCAGUCGACAUACACAAGUUUCAGACAUCGGUAGCGACGGAGCAUAAGUCUCUACAGAAGCUCGCAUACGCAGAUCUCACAGCCGAGAAAACUAUACAUACACUUCGCUCCUCAAACCUGCCAUUCUAUGCUGCCAUUUGGGACGCUGCGAAAGCAAGCAAAGCUCUAGUGACAUUCGGCAAACGAUUCUAUUGGGACAAUCGACCUACAAGAGACAGCAAGAAAGCAGCGGAGAAGAGGUGUGCAUUGGUGGAUAUAGUGGCCCACGACGGUGAAGAGUGGAUUAAAGUGUCUACUAUUACAGGAAACCGUCUCUCAAUGGAGAUCGCCAAAGCAAAGUGGGAAGCGGCAGACUCGUCCAGCGAAGAUGAAGAACAAGAGAAUGGCAACAGCACCUCCGACGAAGAUGAUGUUGAUCGAAUAGAACUGAUGAAGGUAGCAUAUGACCUGCUUCGCGCAUCUCAGGCCCACCGAAUCCACUACAAGCACCCUAGGAUUCGUUUUGUCCUCCCAAAAAUUUCGUCUAGUCCUCCACCAGAGCUGAUGCCGGUACUUGAACGUAUUCGGUCAACCGGUGCAGUCAUUGACCUUGGAGAUCAGAGCGCUUCAAAUGGACUGUUCAAGGAAAGUGCCUUUCCCCGUCUCUUGCCCUCUCCCCACCCGCCCUUGACGGACACUUUAAACAUCGACUGCACGAUACUACUCGCCCUCGUCUCCGACUUAUCUCACACAGCCAAUCAUCCAAUUCUGCCCAACUACAAUUCAGCGAUAACACGGCAAAUUGAAAUGGAAACCCGGGAACACCUUCUGCCCUCAAGCCUCUGGCCAGCCAUGGCGAAUAAAGAUCUAGUAUGCACGCACGAAGCAGCCAAGCGAAUGAAGGAGAUUGUGGACACCAUUGGAAUGCCAAACGAGAAAGCGAGGACAGUAUUGCUGAUAGGGGAUGGGCCAGCACGGUCGGGGAAUGGUUUGAGAGAAGCGUUCGCUAAGUACAGCGACUACGCUAUUCCAUCUUCCUUGGGCCUACCCAUUCGCAUUGUUCAAGCUGAGGUCUCCGAGUAUGAUCUUGAGAACGCGAUACAAAGAGGCACACUACCGCCUGUCGCGUUGCAAGUGGCCGAGCAGUUGACGGAUAUCAAUCGCAGUGUUUUCAUGUACGGGUGGAUGCAAAGUAUGACUACGGUGAGCUCGAACCGGACAGUUGCCAAGCAGGUUGAAGUCAUAGUGGAGAGAGCUGGCAACGGUGCUACGGGUCCGGAGAUCUGGCUGCGCGAGCCUGCUAGGAGUUUACUCGGGAAGGAGAAGGAGAGGCGGAAAUGA